CUCCAGUUUCACCAAGAUUACAUAUGUUUACAGUAUUUCCAGGGCUAGGCGACAUGAAUUCUUGCACUGAUUUUUCAUUACCUCUUAACCCAGUUUUACCAGGAUUGUCACUGAAUCUUAUGUCCCUGGUUUUACCAGAACCAUCAUUACCUUUUAACCCAGUUUUAUCAAAAUUGUCACUGGAUCAUAUGUCCCCUGUUUUACCAGAACUGUCAUUGAACGUUAUGUCUAUAUUAUUUUCAACACCAGUAGACAUCAAUUCUCCUGUUGAUUUUUUAUUAUCUCCAGUCACCAAUUUUAGUAGUGAUCAUCAGCCUUCUGAGCAAGGGUCCUUAAUAGAAAAUAAUAACAUCGAUAAUGGAAUUAUAAUCGACACAGAUUUAGAGGAAAGUGAGAAUCUGAUAGAUACUUCAGGAUUAAAUAAUGACCUAACCUUUGUAGACUGGAUAGAAUUUAAAGUGUGGAUGAAUUAUUAUUCAAAAAAAAAGGGAUUUAGUUAUAGGGUUAGAACUAGUCAAAAGGAUGGAGAUGUAAUAGGACAUGCUACUUUAGAAUGUUCAAGAUCAGGUAUUCACAAUCCUCAAGUAACUUGUGACCCCACUAAAUGGCGAAAUGCAGUUUCACAAUGGACAGAAUGUCCCUAG